CAGUCGAGACGCACGUUUCGAAUGUAGUCAAGGAAACCGCUGAUACGAUUAAACCUAUUGAAAAACCCAAGUCGCCAACUGAUGAAAAGCAGACAAUCUCAAAAGCUGACGAUUUAACCCUUGUUAAAUUAGAUGAUAAACCAAAGUCUCCAAUAGAUGUAAUGAAGCCAGUUCUGAAGUAUUCUUCUGACGAAGAUGUUACGAAUGUCGUCAAGGAACCCGCUGGUUUUGAUUAUAUUUCGAAGCCGACUGUGGACAACGUUUGUUCAGCUGAAGAUAUUAUUAGUAGCGGGGAUGGAGAAGUAAGAUUAUAUGAUGAAUAUGAUGAUACUAGAUCCGUUCAACAGAUUGUUGAAGACACUUUAAGAGCAGGUGAUGCCGAAGCUUUACAAAUUGUCAAUGAAACACUUAAAAGUAGACAAUUCGAUAAGGAAGUAGAUGGUGAAAGUCAUGUUUUCUGUGAGUUUGAUGAAAAUAUACGUACAGUAGCUGAAAUCGUAGAGGAAACGUUAAAAGGUGCUAAUAUCGAUGUAAAGCAAAAAGAAGAAACAUUUUCAACCGAAAAGCCUGAAAGUAUUGACUCCAAGGAUGUUCGGCCUAUAGCAUACUUUGUCAAAUUAGAUAAUGAAAUGAAAGAUGUGAAACCAGCACAAAAGAACACAACCAAAUCAGUAGUCAGCAAACCCAGCACAGUGAUCAAUGUAGAUGCAAAGAUUCCAAGCUCAGUUGGUAAGAAACAACAACUUAAAAAGCAAUUAGAAAGUAAAGAAAAAAUAAAAACAAUACAAAAGAAAGCACCGAUCCCUCAAUCAAAGCCAAUAAAGGUAGCUAGCAAACAGGCAAUCCCCAGCAAACCUCUUCUAGCAACGGAAACUCAUAAGUUAACCACAAAAACUGCUUCGCGGAGAUCUGUAACAAGUUCAGCUUCAACAACAACAAGCUCAGCUUCGGCAACAAGUCGUGUAAUCAGUGAAAUUCACUUUGAGAGAUCUGCAAGUCCAGCAUCUAGUUCAAUAUUUUACGAGAGCCAUCCUCAAGGCGACAAUAGUCGUUCUACCACACCGAGGCCCAGGGUAAAGACAGACGUAACAAUCAUACCAUAUAACACAUCAGUACGCUCAUUUAGUCCAUCUGCAAAGCCGCAAGCCUCAAAAGCUGCAAAGACGACAAAGACAACAACUAGACAGGACACAGAUAAGCAUACAAAAACCAUUAGUGUCAAGCAAAAGAAGUCGACAACAACUGUCGAAUCGAAUCGAACAAAAACUCCGACUCCAACUACCACUGCCACUCACAGAUAUAUGCAACCGACUUUAGCUCAUAGCAUGCGCUAUGGUCUGAAUUCCGAUAGUGAAAGUCGCAGCGCAACACCAGCUCCGCCCAAAUCUCCUGCACCACCCAAAUCACCAGCUCCGCCGCAUUCAAGUGCGAGUCGUAAAAGUACACAAGUUAUACACUCUACUACAAAGCAAACAAUAAGUGCCUUGACAAAAAACCCAUCAACCGAUCAAAAACAAAAGAAACUUGGCAGUGAAAAAUCUUUAGGCCUUCAGAGCAAACGAGGUUCCAAUAGUUACGAAAGUAAGGGGUCAUUAAGGAGGAGCACCGACCGCCUUUACAAACGACAGACAUCCAAGGAGAAUAAAGAAGCAAACGUGAUAGGCUCCAAGAGCCAAUUAAUUAAAAGCAUGAAGACACAAUCAGCUAAUGCCACUAAAACCAUUGCCUACAGAACUUCCAUAGCCACUGACAACAACAAGUUAAAAACUGCAUCUAUGCAACGCACUAAAGUUCCAAUUAGCUUGUCUUCCGCAAUGAAAACUUCGACUUCAACCGCAACGACAGCGACAACUACAACUUCAACUAAGCUAAGCACUAGCAACAACAAUAAAGGUGAUGAAACCGUUUCAAAAUCUCAGGUAGACAAUAAGAGAAUCGUUAGACGAACCGUAAGUAGAUCUAGUGAGGGAAGCAGCCGUACAGCCACAACGAGCCAAACCAAACCGAUUCGCCGAGCGAUAGAGCCGAAGCUGCAAAAACAGAUGAAGGACUCGAUGAAUGAAUCUAGCACUACGGCCAGUGGAAGUACAAGUGCCAGUGGAUCAUCGAACAGCACACGGCGCAGUGUACGUUCAGUGAUUGUUAAUCGCAAGACGGAUAAGGAGAAGACCAAUAUGAAAAUAUCGGAAAAGAAGCCCAUCGGCCCGACGACCAAGGCCAAGACCACAACUGGCAGUUCGAUGCCGCCAUCAACGUCCACGCGGCAGCAACAGUCGCAAGGUGCUAACCAGCGAGGUAUUCACUAAAACCUUUGGCCCCGACAAGCCCCUCGAGGUGAUCUACCGCCAGC